AUGGAUCCGCCUUGGAGUGUAAUUGAAUUCACCUUCAGUAACAAUGAUACCGACUCGGAGCUGGUGGUUAUGUGCAACUACCGCCAAUUCAUUAUCUCCGUCUCCGCAGACAGCUUUGCCCAGUCAGCGGCCCUGAGAAACAAAUACUUGUUCUUGCUAGAAGUUGCCGAUAACCACGAGCUGGAUGGGUACACUGUCGAAGACUUACCGGAUAUUCCGAGGGAGCUCAAACAAUCCUGGGCUCAGCAGGUCCACGACACAGUCCAGCAACUGCAUGCUGCUGGCAUUGCCUGGGGCGACGCGAAGCCCGACAAUGUCCUUGUUGUCAGAGCCAACGAUGCAUGGGUGAUUGAUUUUGGUGGAGGGCAUACAAAUGGCUGGGUUCCCAAGGAGCUAUCAGGGACUUUGGAGGGUGAUUUGCAAGCGCUGAAGAAGAUAGAUGACUUCCUACUCGAGGGACAAAUGCCAGCUUGA